AUGACAGCCGGGUGCCCAGUGCGCAUGAGCGAGAAGCACUUGCGCUUUGUGAUUGGUCUGGCAGCUUCUGGGAUCUGUCAUGUGUCCCAGGUACCGCCUUACCAUUCACAAAAAGCACCGCUUCUUGCACAUGCGCACUUGGCACCUGGCUGUCAUGCUCAGUGCCCACACUACAGAAGCCGGAAGACAGUGCGCCGCUGGAUAGAGGAACAGGUAAGAUCAAAGAACAAAGAAGCAAAGAGCCGCAUUCAUUUUGGCCGGGAGCCGCACGCGGCUCGAGUGCCGAGUGUUCGCCAACCCUGGCCUAGGCAAUCGGAAGCGGAAGUUGACCUCCUACCC